UGUAUACGGUGCACUCGCCUGGCGAGAGCGCUACUAGACAGAGACCGAAACCCGUGCAGUGGGGUUCGCCUAAACCCUAAGCCUUGAGUCGCCCGGUGGUGCUGGCAUCCAUUCGAGACGAUUCCGAGUGAGCAAUCCUCUCCAUUGCCGGUAAAUCAGCCUUCCCGCAACCUAGCUGUACGCAUUUUGUGGUAGCACUGGCACUAAAUCGAGUUCUUGCUCUCAGAAUCGCAUCUUUCCCCUUUGCUGCGCUGCACGCACUUUUGUUUCAUCUAGGAAUGCACAAAAGAAAUGUUUCCGGAAAAUAGGCAUUCGUUCCCAUCGAGUCUCUUGAGUCCCGUAUUGCUUUAUGAGCAGGCUUGAAUCCUGAAUAUGAGGUUUGUGAGGUAGAGAAUCCAAUCUGGAUCUGCUAUGAAGUCAGGCGAAUCGAUACGUCUCAACUACAGAGAAUAUGAAAACUGGAAAUAUGAGAAGUUUGUUCGUUUUGUUAACAACCUGUUGCUCCUUCGUUCUCGAGUAGACCUGCAUAUUUUCCAGCUGCAUUUUGAUAGCCACCAUGUGGUAAACUGCGAUGAUGUGAGGACGUGGAUCGGCUAUGCUGUGAAGAAUAAUGUUAAAGUGCUAGACGUCAACAUGCAUCAGUAUGAUAAGACUGUUUUACCUCGUUGCAUUUUCACCUGCCGCUCACUCGAGGAGUUAAAUCUGAAGAUGGGAAAGGCUCCUUAUAAAGAUUAUGAACAUGAAGGACUUGUGCUACCUGACAUCAUCAGGCUUCCAUCCCUCAAAAAGUUAUCUCUCUGUGAUGUGGAGGUGGACACAUCAUCUCUUGAGCAAAUUAUUGCUCGGAGCCCUGGCCUAGAGGACUUGCAUUUGAUAAACUGUGCACAGCAUCUUGACCUUGUAGACUCAAAAGUGCUAAAAAGGCUAACUGUUGAUGGUUUCCUAGGUCGAGACAAAGGACUCACAAUUGCUGCCCCUUGUCUUAUUCAUUUCAAGUGCACAGGCUUGCCCCUGGAAGAAAUUUCUUGGCGAGAGCGGCCAUCUCUAGAGAGUGCACACAUAUUUGCUUCUCUUUCUAGGAGCACUUGUGAUGGUCAAUCUGAUUUUACUGGGAUCUUUCUGAAUGCCAAGAGACUUGCAUUAUUUGGUUCCGGUAUAAAGGUUAUGUUGGAAAAGGAACUGUCCACAUGCUCUGUAUUUGAGAGUCUUGUGACUCUUGCAAUUGGCGAAUGGUGCUUAACUGAUGACUUGUACAUUGUACUUCGCUUCCUCCAGCUUUCACCGAGACUAGAAAAACUUACUUUAAAGCAUAGAAAGCAUAACAGAGCAAGGGAAGGUGCAGAAACAGAACCAAUAUCAAUAGCUGGAAUGACCGUCCAAUGCCCCCUCCUUGAAACAGUAAUAAUACAAUGUUCCAAGGAUGAUGGUGAAAUCCAGAAGACGGUGGAUGCUUUGGUAGCAACUGGCAUCAGCUUGGAGAAGAUACAUGUCACUUUCUAUGAAGACAUCCAAAAGAACGUAGCUGAGACUGAGAGGAAGCGUCAGGGAGGGAAGAUGGGACGAAGUGUCUUAGAGAAGAAAUUGAAGAAGAAACAAGAUUGGGUUGAUGAUAGUCAUGCGAUAAGUGACAGUGAUAACGAUGGCGGCGAGAUGGAGGAAACCUUUGAUUACGAUGAUUAUUUCUAGAGCCUAGGAGGGUGUGCUGCUGUUCAGCUAGUCAGCUUUACCCCUUCAUCCUGGAGAUGACGAUGGAAUUGAUAAGAUGGCGAACACUAUGGUAGCAAAUGGUGUCAGGUUGGAUAGGAUACUGCAUGAACCCUCCAUCCUGGAUUGUUUACCAGCAGUAUGUUUUGGGGCUUAGCUUUGUUGGGUAGUCUUAAUGUAGUCUACUAGUGGAACCUAAUGUUGGUGACUUCCAGGUUAGAAGUAGUCUGUCAUGUCCAGUGGCCAAAAAUCUACCUGCACGAUUGGCGAGUAUCUGGAAUCUCUCACUUCGAGCAUGGAUGCAUCUUGUAUUCUUGUUGGCAUACCUUUGGUUCGUCUCUAUUGCCUGGUUGUGAGCUCUGUGAUUUGCAUUGCUUGGUUGCGAGCA